UCCGCCGCCGUGACUUGUCAAAAAUCAUCAAAAAAUUGAAAGACUCAUGAAGCGAAUUGCUGACAAAAGUUUAGUUUAAUUUUCAGAUUUAUUAUUGCAAUAGUGUCUAAAUAACAUUAAAAAUGACUGUGAAAAAUAAGACCGAAGAACCUAAAAAGGAAAAAGUAGAGCCCGUGCCUGCGCCGAGCGAUGAUUUGUCGGAAGAAGACAAAAGGCUCCAAGAGGAGCUAAACAUGCUGGUCGAGAAACUUACGGGCAAUGAUGUAGAUCUAUACUUCCCCGCCUUGCAAAUGCUGAGUAAUCUCAUUAGAACAUCAACAACUUCAAUGACCUCAGUUCCUAAGCCCUUGAAAUUCCUUAGGGAGCACUACCCAGCUUUGAAAGAAGUCUAUGAAAAAAUCAAAGAUGCUAAGACAAAGAAAUUCUGUGCCGAUGUUGUCUCUGUGCUCGCCAUGGGUGUUAGUGGCACUAUGGAUGCUGCUGAGAAAAGGGAAUGUCUCAAAUAUUGUUUGCUUGGAACCAUGGCAAAUGUUGGUGACUGGGGUCAUGAGUAUGUCAGGCAAUUGGAAGGUGAAAUAGCUGAGGAGUGGAAUGUGGAGAACAUGGAGACCCUCCUACCUCUGGUCCGCGAUGUAGUGGCAUUUGACAUGCAACACUCUGCUGAGAUCCAGGCAUGCGAUUUGCUCAUGGAGAUUGAUAGGCUAGACCUCCUCACACAGCACAUGGAUGCAAGCAAUUACCCACGAGUCUGCUUAUAUCUUAUUGGUUGUGCUAGUUAUGUUGUGGAACCAGAAUCAACACAGAUCCUCCAAGGUGUGCUGGACACAUACCUUCGUUUUGGAGAAUACCCAAGAGCACUUUUGGUGGCCAUGCAGCUGCAUGACAAAGCAAAGUGUGAGGAGGUUUUCAAUGCAUGCACAGAUCCAUUGAUAAAGAAACAACUGUGUUACAUGCUUGCAAGACAGUAUGUACCCCUGGAGUUGGAAGAUGAAGAUCUUCGUACAAUUCUUCUCAAUGCACAUAUCAAUGAUCACUUUUUGAGUCUAGCUAGAGAGCUUGACAUCAUGGAACCCAAAACCCCUGAGGAAGUAUACAAGACUUGGCUGGAGUCAGCAGGCUCAGCCCUACGCCCCUCUCUGUUGGCUGAACAUCCAGUGGACUCAGCCAGACAGAAUCUUUCAGCAACAUUCGUGAAUGCUUUUGUCAAUGCUGGAUUUGGACGAGAUAAGCUUGUUACUACUGAAGAUGGAAACAAAUGGAUGUACAAAAACAAAGAUCAUGGUAUGUUGUCUGCUGCGGCGUCCCUAGGUAUGAUUCACCUGUGGGACGUAGACGGAGGCCUUACCCCGAUCGACAAGUACUUAUACACAGCCGACGAGCACAUAAAGGCCGGCGCUCUCCUGGCCCUGGGCCUCGUCAACUGCGGCGUGCGCAACGAGUGCGACCCGGCCCUCGCUUUGUUGUCCGACUACGUGCUGCACUCCAGCUCCAACUUACGGAUUGGCAGUGUGCUCGGUCUGGGCAUAGCAUACGCGGGCACGCAGCGUGAGGACGUGCUAUCUCACCUGCUGCCAGUACUAAGCGACACGGCCGCGCCCGCUGAGAUCUGCGCGCUCGCCGCCGUGUCCUGCGGCCUCAUCGCCGUGGGCUCGUGCCACGGAGACGUUACCUGCGCCAUUAUUCAGCGACUGAUUGACGACAACAAGGACUUACACUCUUCUACAUACGCCAGAUUCUUGCACUUGGGCCUUGGACUGUGUUUCUUAGGCUGCAAGGAGCGCACGGAGGCGACGAUGGCGGCGCUGGAGGUGCUGCCCGAGCCGCAGCAGUCGCUGUGCCAGACCACGCUGUCCAUGUGCGCCUACGCCGGCACCGGCGACGUCCUUGUCGUCCAACAGAUGCUGCACAUCUGCUCCAAGCACUACGACACUGACAAUGAGCAGUCGUCGGCUGAAGAUACCGCUUUCAAGAAACAAGACAAAAAAGAGGCUAAAGAUAGCUCCAGCAGCGCCAGCGGCAGCGGCAGUGGCGGCGGCGCCGGCAGCUCCUCUGGGAGUUCCAAGGACGACAAGAACAAAAGCAAGUCGUCCAAGGACAGCAAGAGCAAGGAGAAAGAGAAGGAGAAGGAGGCCAACAAGGAAUUAUCGUCGGUGCAGGCCGUGGCCACGCUGGGCGUCGCCGUCAUCGCGCUCGCCGAGGAGACCGGCGCCGAGAUGUGCACGCGCAUCUUCGGACAGCUCGGCCGCUACGGCGAGCCGGCCGUACGACGCGCGGUGCCGCUGGCCAUCGCGCUGUGCUCCGUGUCCAACCCGCAGCUGGCCGUCAUCGACGUGCUCAACAAGUACUCGCACGACUCGGACAACGACGUCGCCUACAACGCCAUCUUUGCUAUGGGGCUGGUCGGCGCUGGCUCCAACAACGCUAGACUGGCCACAAUGCUGCGAGCGCUAGCCCUGUACCACGGCAAGUCGCCGGUCCACCUGUUCAUGGUGCGGCUGGCGCAAGGGCUGUGCCACGCCGGCAAGGGCACGGUGACGCUGUGCCCCGCGCACGCGGACCGCCGCCUCAUCAACCAGCCCGCGCUCGCCGGCCUGCUCGUCGUGCUCACGGCCUUCCUCGACUGCAAGAACAUAAUCCUCGGUAAAUCGCACUACUUGCUGUACGUGCUGGCGACGGCGAUGCAGCCCCGCUGGCUCGUGACCCUGGACGAGAACCUUCAGCCCCUCAACGUCAGCGUACGCGUUGGACAGGCCGUGGACGUGAUCGGUAAAGCGGGCACACCGAAGACGAUCGCGGGCUCUCACACGCACACCACGCCAGUGCUGCUCUCCUUCGGCGAGCGCGCCGAGCUGGCCACCGACGAGUUCAUCCCGCUGUCGCCCGUCAUGGAAGGCUUCGUCAUCCUCAAGAAGAACGAGGACAGCGUCAUGGCGCCUGUCCAGUAGAUUACACCUUUAGCGCU